AUGUACUGUCUUCAAUGUCUCCUUCCUGUAAGUACUUCUAUUACCAAAACCAUCAGAGACAAACAAUUUCUUCAUACACAGACUGUUUCUAAUACUUUAUCUCAUAUCAUUCUUUUUGGAACGAAAGCCAUGCACACUUUGUUCACUCGUUUUCAUUACUGCAGUUUUCCUACUAUGCCAGAGCGGAAUAGGAAAUUGUCUAUUCUGGCGAAAUUGUACGGAGACAUCAUGUUAAAAGGUUUCUGAGAUCGAUAAACUUCAAAAUUAUUCAAGGCAACUUACACGUCAUCCUUCAUCCUGCUUCGAACUGAACUUACUUUCAAUUCAUAAACGAAAGAUUAGAAAGUUAAACUUAAUUACGAUUUAAUUAGUACGUUUAAAGAGGAAGUUAAAAAUUCUUAGUGGUCUCCUCAAUUCAUCCGAAGCAGGUCGACAGUAGCCAAAGUUAUAAACCAUUUUUUUAUUUUUCCUUUAAUGAAAAUCAAUCAAUUGACAAUGAAGUUUCAAUGAACGAAAUAUUAUCUAUAUUAAAUCUUAGAUGCAGCGUUGAUAUUAUUAAUAAUUCAACUAUUAUCUAUUUAAUGCAUUAUUGAGGAAGAGAAAAUGUGAUUACAUUAACGAUAAGAAAGAAUUUUGUAAAUACAUUUUGAUUUAUGUGUGCAAUAGUGAUGAUGAUAAAGGAUUGAAUUCCUUUAUAUUAUUGAUAUUAAGUUGACAGAACGGAAAAAAUGUUUUAAAAGUUGUAAAUAUUCUUGUUGGAUUUUCUUUAUUUCAUUCUAAAUAAAAAAUCGAAAUCGAGAAUAAAAUUUAAAAAAAAAGUGAAC